CAAGCCAUCGACGCAUCAACAACAACAAUCAAAAAGAGAAAGAAAAGAAGAAGAAUCCGGCAUUUUCUUAACGUAAACUGGAAACUAGCGACAGGAAUUGCCGAUUAUCUAAGUUCUCGCAAGUUUUAUUGAUUUGCCUGAAGGAUCACUCAAAGCGUAAUGGCGUCCGUUUCCAAACCCAAAUCUGAAAUGACCCCGGAGGAGCUGGCUAGGCUUGAAGAAGAAGAAUUUAACACCGGGCCACUUUCCGUGCUCACUCAAUCUGUGAAAAAUAAUACUCAGGUUCUUAUCAACUGUCGUAACAAUAAAAAACUAUUGGGAAGAGUUAAAGCCUUUGAUCGCCAUUGUAAUAUGGUUUUGGAAAAUGUAAAAGAAAUGUGGACGGAGCAACCUAGGGCAGGGAAAGGAAAGAAAAAGGGCAAGCCUGUCAACAAGGAUCGUUUCAUAUCAAAGAUGUUCCUGCGAGGAGACUCUGUCAUCUUAGUAUUACGAAAUCCAUUGGCAGCCAAUGCUGGAAAAUAAUUUCUUGUCAUUCUACCAAUAUUCUUGAAUUUUCAUUCCCCACCCAACUGUUUUCAUUCUGUUUCUACGUGGAUUAUGCAUUUUGUAUAAAUGUAAGCUUUAAUUUUAAGUUGUGGUCUCUUUCUUCAGUCAGUCAUCCAAUUAUAUUUAAGAUAAGAUCAUGA